UUCAGAUAUUUGAGAGCAAACACCCACAACUAGAAGAACAAGAAGAAGAAGAAGAACAAGAUUUCAGAGCAAGCAAAUUUCAAGAUUAACCGGAAAAUGAAGGCGGAGUUGGAUUUACCGGCGGGGUUCAGGUUUCACCCGACCGACGAGGAGUUGGUGAACCACUACUUGAUUAAGAAAUGUGCUUCCCAGAAUAUUUCGGUUCCCAUCAUCAAAGAGAUUGAUCUUUACAAGUUCGAUCCGUGGCAGUUACCUGAAAUGGCGCUCUAUGGCGAGAAAGAAUGGUAUUUCUUUUCCCCAAGGGACAGAAAAUAUCCAAACGGUUCAAGGCCGAACCGGGCGGCAGGAUCCGGGUACUGGAAGGCGACCGGAGCAGACAAGCACAUUGGAAAGCCGAAGGCACUAGGGAUCAAAAAGGCUCUUGUUUUCUAUGCCGGGAAAGCCCCUAAAGGAGUCAAGACCAAUUGGAUCAUGCAUGAGUAUCGACUUGCAAAUGUUGAUAGGUCUGCUUCCAAGAAAAACCACAACUUGAGGCUUGAUGAUUGGGUGCUAUGCCGAAUUUACAACAAGAAGGGUAGCAUUGAGAAGCAUAAUACUUCUACCAUGGACCGGAAUAAAGUGGCAACUUACUCGGAAAUAAUGGACCAUGAGCAGAAGCCAGUAUUGAAAAACAUACAGUUCAAUGUGGCACCAUCACAAGGUCAACAAACGCCAUUAACUGCAGCACCAGUGUCACAGCACACAGAUAUGUUGUCCGGAGAUUAUUCAGCACCGAGAUUGCAGCACACAACGGACUGUUCUAGCAGCUCGGAUCAUGUAUUCUCGCCGGAGGUCCAGAGCGAAUUCCAGUGGAAUAGUCCUGAAUUCAGUGAAUUGGACAAUUCGAUGAACUUGAACUUCCUUGAUAACAAUGACCAGUUCAAUUACAUGGAUGGCUUCUCACUAGCAGAUAUUAGUGACCCUUUUGGCAAUCAAGCUCAAGCUCAGCCUCAGUAUCAAAUGGACCAGCAGGACCUGUUCAUGUACCUGCAAAAUCAAAUUUAAUUAAUUUCAAUCUUAGGACAAAAAAAAAAAAAAAAAAAAAAAGGGAUGGAGAUGGGAGAUCUGUAAUGGAUCCAAAUUAUUAGUUUGUCUAGUAUGGUUCUUUAAUUUAAUGUUCUGGUCCUUGAAAUGAUUGAACUUUGUGACGUCUGCACUAACGUAUGGGCAGGCGCUUGUUAGAUUCUCAUAAUGUUAAUAUUGUAGGGAAUGAUUCCUUUACGAAAUUUUUAUAUUUUUCCGGAAAUAUAAAUAGGCAGAAAUUUUUUUAA